GUUAUUUUUACCACUGCUACAAGGAUGAGCCUUCGCAGCCAGGCCCUUUGGGGCUACCGCCGCCUGGUCCGCGCCAGCGAGAAGGCCUUCGUCGGCGACGUCUACGCCAUCACGGAAGCGCGCAAGGCCAUCCGCGCCAACUUUGCCGAGAACCGCGCCGAGACCGACGCCGAGACGAUCCAGGCCAUGGUCAAGGGCAUCGACGAGGCCGAGUCGAUGCUGCUCUUCAACAUUGUGCAAGGCAAGAAGAACGAGUCGGGCUCGUUUGCUGUCAAGCUCACGGACCCGCAAAAGAGCAAGAUGCGCAAGGACGAAGAGCUCACGGCCGUGACACCAACGACCGUCAAGACGCCGGAAGUCACGCGGUCGUGCGCGACCGGCGACUGCCCUGCGUAAGCGCGCCUGUACAACCCAUAGAUGUGAUAACACGUACUAACAACGCCUCUGCACGGCCAUGGCGUGUAGUUGGCGCCUUCUAGCCUCUCACCAGCCUGGCUACGCAACUGCAAUACGCGU